AUGCGUUCGCUCCAGAGCGGGCAAAGGGAUGGAGGGCAGUCGGGGCCGGAGGGUGCCGCAAACACCGCGAGGAGGCUGCAGGCGCGCUCGCCAUCCCUCACGGUGGCCACUUACAGUAAACGGGCUUUGCUGACAAAUGCGCUAACUCCGCUAACCCUAACGCAGGCUGGGGAGACGGACUGCACGCCGCAUCAGUUCGCGCCCCAAGUAGUACUGGGGAAGGUGCUUUUAGUCAGCGCGCAACAAGCAACCGCAGCCUUUGCUCUUUCCCAUCUAAAAGGGAAUAUAUCAGGGAUCUUCAACUGCAUCUGGUGGAGAGGGGCAAAUUUAUGCUUUACUGAGCCAUCUCUCAACACAAAUUUACCUGAUGUCCCAUUACAGGUCACCCAACCUGGCAAGACCAGCCUGGAUUACUACAAGAAUGACAGCACGCUGCUGUCUCUGUACGGAAACCUGGUGAACGGCACAGACUUCAUGUGCGACAAAAGGCAGGUCAGGCAGUUUGCUCGAGCCUUCCUGCCAGUGUUUUUCUGGCUCAUCUUCUUUGUGGGCACAGUGGGAAAUGCCUUGGUCGUGCUUGUCUACUGCAAAUACCACUUCAGGAGGAGCAUGAUGGACCGGUACCUGCUGCACCUGGCCAUUGGGGACCUACUCCUCCUCUUCACCCUCCCCUUCUGGGCCAAGGCUGCCUCCAAUGGCUGGAUCUUCAAGAACUUCAUGUGCAAAGUCGUCAACAGCAUGUAUAAGAUCAACUUCUAUGGCUGCAGCUUGUUUCUAACCUGCAUCAGCUUUGACAGGUACAUCACUAUUGUUCAGGCGAUGAAAGCUAAAACUUCUAAGCAAAGGCGGCUCCUGCGCAGCAAACUCAUGUGCUUGACUGUCUGGCUGAUGUCCAUGAGCCUGUGCAUCCCAGAAAUCAUUUACAGCCAAAGCAUGUGGGUGGGUGACAUCACAGUUUGCAAAAUUAUGUACCCACCAAAUGUCAGCAUGGUCUUCAGAGUUACUGUUCUGUCCUUGAAAGUCACAAUUGGAUUCUUCCUCCCACUCCUCGUCAUGGUUAUUUGUUACACUCUUAUCAUCAACACCCUCCUGCAAGCCAAAAGAUCCCAAAAGCAGAAGUCCCUGAAGAUCAUCACCAUGAUCAUCACUGCUUUCCUCCUCUCUCAGUUCCCAUACAAUGUUGUUUUGAUGGUCAAAGCCAUCAACAACUACACCAGGGUGGCAUACAGCUGUCAGGCUGCCAACCAGCUGGACAUCGGGCUGCAGGUCACCCAGAGCAUCGCUUUCCUCCACAGCUGCCUCAACCCCUUCCUCUACGUCUUUGCUGGGGAGCGGUUCGGAGCGGCGCUGGGCAGGAUGGUGCGGAGCAGCGGCUGCUGCCAGGGUGGGGGCCAAAAGCAGCGCUCCUCCGCCUGCGACAGCCAGGAGCACAGCUCAGACUGGUCCUCUGCCAUACUGGGCAGGCGGCGGGUGAGAAACUCCCUGACCCUCAGCACCCACUUGGCCUCCUCCAUUAUGCCCCCUCCGUUGCCAAGUCCUCUUAGCGUCCGUGUGACAUAUCAGGGGCUAAUGGGGAAGAUACCACUGUCUCAUGGCGGCUUCACAUGGUCCCCACAGCAGAAUGUCGUACUGGCUGUGCCAAGGCCAAUAUUUGGGGCACAGGCCAAGAAACAGGCGGACUGGUUCAAACAUUAUUGCUACGUUCCACGCGGCAGAGAGAGAGACUCUCCCAGAGAGGGACUGCUGAUCUCCUCAGAAACUCCAUCUUCAAACUCCCAAA